UGACCGCAGAGCAGAACGAGACAAACUCUUCCCCGUACCCUCAAGGGCGAGGAGGCGCAACAGCAGCCUCUUCUCCAGCCUCCUUGGGGGCAGUUUUCCAGACACGGGAGAGGCGGGGCGUGCGGCUCGGCCCCAGGCAGCGCCGGCAUCCCCGGUGCGGUUCCCGCUGCGGGCGCUGCGCGGAUGGCGGGGCUGGGAGCGGGGAUGCGCAUCUUCCGCGAUAUACUAAGAAGAGCAGACAAGAACGUCAGCUUGCCAGUGGCUUGCAAAAGGCAGUAAUGGUGCAAGUUGAAUUCCAAGAUGAGGAGUGAGGUGAGGAGAAGAAGGACCUUUCCCUUCAGCAAUGCCUUUCCAGCUUCGCUACAGAUCAGCCAGAACCAAGCUUUACUGGUGUCCCCCAUGGACCUCCUCAUGGUGUUUGGAAAAGAUGAUGGAAAACUAUCCUUUGAUGAAUUCAAAGCUUACUUUGCUGAUGGAGUUCUGAGUGGAGAAGAACUGCAUGAACUUUUUCACAUGAUUGAUACACACAAUACUGACAAUCUUGACACAGAAGAGCUCUGUGAAUAUUUUUCCCAGCACUUAGGAGAGUAUGGAAAUGUUCUAUCUGUGUUGGAAAACUUAAACCUAACUAUACUAAAGGCAAUGGACAAAACAAAGAAAGAUUACCAGGAAGCUUCUAAUUUGGAGCAGUUUGUGACUCGCUUUCUUUUGAAGGAAACACUGAACCAGCUUCAGUCCCUCCAGAGCUCCCUCGAGUGUGCCAUGGAAACCACGGAGGAGCAGACUCGGCAGGAGAGACAAACCCCAACAAAACCAGAAGUGCUCUCAAUUGAAUGGCCAGGAAAACGCUCAGCUCGAAGGCUUCAGAGGAACAACAGGUUGUUGCCAAAUAGCCCUCAUUUCAGCACAGGUUGGAUUGAAGAAGACAGCCAGUGGACGACCCAGAUAACGAGACUCCAAAAGCUGAUUGACAGGCUGGAAAGGAAGGACCUAAAGCUUGAGCCAUUUGAAGAGGAAGUUUUGGAAGAAAAUGCAAAAUCUCACAUAAUGAUUGUUCAACGUCAAAUGUCUGUGAUAAAGGAAGAAAUCAAGGAAUUCCGGCUUGCUCUGAAGCAGUAUGUGGAAUGUGCUUCUUCUCAGGGUGGCUGCUUGCAUGUUUCCAUACAGAAGCUUCCAAGUGAUUCCCGCUUCAUCGUUUACGAGUUCUGGGAGAACAGCAAUGCCUGGAAUAGCCACCUUCAAAUGAAUUACAGCAAGACAUUCCAAAGAAGUAAUGUGGACUUCUUGGAAACUCCAGAGCUCAUCACAACAAUGCUAGUACCUGAAAGCAAAGAUGAAGUAAACUGACAAUCAUCAACUGAGUCAACAGAAGGAAUUAAUAGUUUUGCAUCUGACUAGUCAGUGUCAAUGACAGAAGCUUUGCAUUAAUAAGCUGAAAUAAAGAACCCCACAUUCCCUUCUGACUACUUGGCUCCAGGUAGGACAGCCUCUGACAAUGGGCAGAAAUAACUGCAGUGACCUGCUGCUUCCUAUUCCAUCAUUACAAUUCAAAGCUCCGCCUUACUUGUGCUGUGCCCUAAAUCCAUGCUUUAGAAACGUUUAUGCCGCUGGAAGUGCGGAACUCCUGACCAACACAUCUCAAGUGCAAAGAAGACACCACGCAACCUAUUCGAGGCUUAAAUUACAAUAUUCCAUAGUUUGCAUCGGAAGCCCAAGGGCAGAAAUUCCCAUUUGUUAACAUUUGUUUUGUAUUCUGCAACUGUGUUGCCACUAAAGUUGUAAUUCUCACAAAUUGCACUGCAGAGGUGCUUCGUUUUAUUGCAUACAGCUGGCAUGCUUUGCAUUUUGAAGACAAAAAUACCAAGAAAUCCUCUGGCUCCAUGUGGAUAUUUAAAUUAAAAGCAACAUAAAUCAAGAAAAUUCAGACCAAAAGAUCACAAGGUAUUACUUUCGGACUGUUGCUUGGAGUGGUUUCUUUUCUCAUUGUUUGCAUUGGUUUUUUUAUGGUUAAACAGCAAACAAUUUUGUACCUAAAGAGAGUCAAGGAAAAAGCUGAGGCCAGCUACAAAGCAUGACAUGAUAAAAUACAAAACAACUGCAAUUAGUUUAAAAAACAAACAAACCAAACCACAGAACACCAACCCCUCCCCUAGGACUGAAUGCGAUUACAGUCAGUAAAACCCUGCAAAGCAACAUCACAUCAAAAUUGUAAGUUUAUUCGACACAGGCAAACGCAUCCACUACUCCAUACCCAAUGGGCUACACUCCUAAGGUUAACCCUGCCACUAGACUGACUUCUACCAAAUACUCCAGUAAAAUAUUGCAAUCACUGUUGAAGGCCAGGCCAUGCCAACACCUUUACAUUUAUCCUAAGCCUUCUGCUUCCUAAGGGACCUGCUGGUUUUCCUACAACAUGCAACACAGCUGUGGUUUUCCACUCCCAGUGGAAAACACAUUUGCUCCUUUAACUGGAAGUCACACUUGCCUAUCAAGGGAAGACAAAUAUUUAAAUACAUCAGCAGGACAAGAAAGUAUCUAUUUCACAUCCUGUGGUUGUGAUUUCAUACAAAUUUUAACAACACUUCAAACUAUGUAUUCCCGGCCGCACAUAAGAAAUGCCAAACAAGUACGCAAAAAAAGCCCCUAACAAAAGACAAAACACUCUUACAGCUCUUGUAUUCUGUUUUCUUUCUUAUUGAAGUAAUACUAGACGAGUAGACAAGUUAUUCCACAGUAAUUCAGAAACAUUAAACAAGCUAACGCAUUAAGAUGCGUAACAAAAAAUAGUUGUUGAGUUUAUGAAAUCAAUAAAAUCUCUUUCAAUUUAAUACAAGAUUAUUCCCUUUCCUCCUUUUACAAUAAGGCAAUUCAAGUUUGACAUUUACAUGACAUCUGAUUAACUGCAAGAAGUGGUAAAAAUUCAAGGACAUAAGUUGUUAAUUUUAGCAGCCUUCUACUGUCUAUUGUUAGCAGCUUUUUUUUUUUUUUGCCUCUAGCAAUUUAACCACAGUACUUUAGUAAAUGGAGGUUGGAUUUGUCAAAGUUACUGAUUUGUGCAUAAAGAGUGGGGAAUUCAUGUGCACAUAACAUGUUCCUUAGCCUUCAAAUUCAGAUGAGUAUGGCAAAAUAAUUAGCACAGCAGACACAUUUUACUCCAAAAACUUCUAUAGGAGAAACACAGGCAACUUCUGCAACAGUUAAUUUACGUAAUCUUGC